AUGCGGAAAUGUACAGCCCGGCGCCCGCGGACGUCAACUGAAGAAUUGCAUCUGCAUCUCCUGGCGGUUCUUCGUACCUCUAAAAUAACCGAGAGGCGGGGGCGGGCGCCACGGGUAUUUUUACCUAUGACGUCCGACAUGCGACUUGACGGAACGUGGCCGCGGAAAGCGCGGCAAUCGACGCUCAAGCGACUUGACAGCCGG